GGAGGAGAGGCCGGGCCCGUCUCCAGGAAGUGACGUCAGUGCUAUGGCUGUCCGGCCGCGCGAUGUGGUCGUUCUUCUCCCGGGACCCGGUGAAGGAGUUUCCGUUCGAGACCAGCGGGGGGCCCGAGGCUUCACUCGGCCUGUGGCAGCUGCACCAGGGCCGGAGGAAGGGUACCACUGACCCGGUCUCUGUGUUUGUCUACGAUAUCAAGCCCAACGCCGACGAGCAGACCCAGGUGGCGAAAGCGGCGUUUAAGCGCCUGAAAACCCUCCGACACCCCAACAUCCUGUCCUUCACCGAUGGGUUAGAGGCAGAGAAAUGUCUGUACAUCGUGACUGAGCCCGUCAUUCCGCUUGGCACCUACUUGAAGACAAAGGAGGCGGCGGGAGAACUGACCGAGCAGGAGAUCUCGUGGGGGCUGCAUCAGAUCGUGAAAGCCCUGAGUUUCCUGGUGAACGACUGCGGCCUGAUCCACAACAAUGUGUGCGUGGCUGCGGUUUUCGUGGACCGGGCGGGCGAGUGGAAGCUGGGCGGCCUGGACUACAUGUACGCCGCACGGGGAGAGACGCCGCUGCCCUCGAAAGGCUUCCCAGAGCUCGACAAGUACGACCCACCGGAGGGGAGCGAGCCCGGCAAAGGCAGCACCGAGAAAUGGUCGGCGGACAUGUGGCGCCUGGGCUGCCUGAUCUGGGAAGUUUUCAAUGGACCACUGCCGAGAUCCUCCUCCCUCCGCUCCCUGGGAAAGAUCCCCAAGUCCCUGGUUCCUCAUUACUGCGAGCUGGUCGGGGCCAAUCCCAAAGUCAGGCCCAACCCGGCCAAGUUCCUGCAGAGCUGCCGGGGCCUCAAUGGCUUCAUGAACAACAGGUUCAUAGAAACCAACCUGUUCCUGGAGGAGAUUCAGAUUAAGGAGCCCGUGGAACGCCAGAACUUUUUCCUGGAGCUGAGCUCACAGCUCGACACCUUCCCCGAAAACUUCUGCAAGCACAAGAUCCUGCCGCAACUGCUGACAGCUUUUGAAUUUGGCAACGCUGGCGCGGUUAUCCUCACCCCGCUCUUCAAGGUGGGAAAAUUCCUCAGUGCGGAGGAGUACCAGCAGAAGAUUAUCCCUGUUGUGGUGAAGAUGUUCUCCUCGACAGACCGAGCCAUGAGGAUUCGCCUGCUGCAGCAGAUGGAGCAGUUCAUCCAGUACCUGACCGAGGCCACGGUCAACGCACAGAUCUUCCCCCACGUGGUGCAGGGCUUCCUGGACACCAAUCCGGCCAUCCGAGAGCAGACGGUCAAGUCCAUGCUGCUGCUGGCCCCCAAGCUCAGUGACAGCAACCUGAACGUCGAGCUGAUGAAGCACUUUGCCCGGCUGCAGGCCAAGGAUGAGCAGGGCCCGAUCCGCUGCAACACCACCGUCUGCCUGGGGAAGAUCUCCUCCUAUCUCAACGCCAGCACCCGACACAGGAUCCUCAUCUCUGCCUUCUCACGAGCGACAAAGGAUCCGUUUGCUCCGUCCAGGGCCGCUGGUAUCCUGGGCUUUGCUGCCACACACAGUUACUAUUCCAUUAAUGACUGUGCCUAUAAAAUCCUGCAGGUGCUUUGUCCACUGACAGUGGAUCCCGAUAAGAACGUCCGGGAUCAGGCCUUCAAAGCGGUGCGGAGCUUCCUGGCAAAGCUUGAAACGGUCUCGGAAGAUCCGUCCAAACUCCCCGAUGUCGAGAAAGACAUCAACUCCGCCUCAUUGAACCCCGCGGGUGCCCUGAUGGCGGGCAGUUGGGCAGGUUGGGCAGUCACAGGAGUCUCCACCCUCACCUCAAAGUUAAUCCGAGGGAAUCCAGCCACUGCAGCUCAGGCCCCUGGAGACAAGACGGAGCCGAGAGAAGAGGCUGAUGACAGACUGGGCACCGCAGCCACCAGUCCGGCAGCACCGACUCCCGCCCAAGAGGCAGCUGACCAGGAAGACCUGGCCGACAAGUGGGACGAUGAAGACUGGGGCAGCCUGGAGAACGUCUCAGCCAGCGGAGACAAGGAUCCAAGUCCCGUGGCCUCAGACUGGGACACCGCUGGCUGGGGUGUGGACGACAGCUGGGAGCCCAAGGCCGACCAGGAUCGAGGUCCCGCCGAAGCAGACAGCUGGAACACCGAGUGGGGGAAUGAGCUGAUGCUGAGUCACAGCAAAACGCUGAAGGUCCGAGCCUCCGCCAGCCGCCAGGAGGUACGCUUGGCGAGCGAGUACAACUGGGACGGAACCAACAGCUCGAGCAAAGAGGAGGACCUGUUCGCGACGCUGAGUCAGCCAUCGUCCACCAGCCAGAACGAUGAGGACACAUGCAGCGUGGAUGCUGCUGCUGCCGGCUGGGACACCGAGGCAAACUGGGAGUCGGUCGAAGCAGAACCAGGGUUGAGCAAAUCCGAUCUUGCCAGAAAGAAGCGGGAGGAGCGGAAGCGAGAAAUAGAAGCAAAGCGCGCAGAGAGAAAAGCUGCCAAAGGACCACUGAAGCUUGGUGUCCGAAAGGUUGACUGAAGUGGUGCAGCUGCUGAAGCUGAUCACGCUAUAACCGUGCAAUUUAGAUGUGUUCCAUUUCAUUCCAAGAGAGGCCAUUGCAGGGAGUCUUGGUAUGUUCUCAAUCAAACACAAGCAUUUUUUGUCCCUCUUCUCACAAUGGAAUUCUAAGCUAUGCAGUAUAUACAAGGACUGAGGGGGAGGAGAGAAGAGAAUGAAGGUGCACCCAACAAAAACUGGUCCAACAGCUGGGUUCUCAAGCCUGUCACACAACAGUUACUGGUUUCAGGAUUAGAUGCUCGACUGUAACCUGGGACCUUUAAAUUAUGAGAGAUGCCCUGCUGUUUGGAUAUUCAGCGUUAUGAGACUAUAGUGCAAUUACAAAGCUGUGCAGUAAAAUAAAUCUUUUCAAAGUUA